CAGCGCGACACCGCUGAGUAGGAGAAGAGUGAAAAGGAAAGAAGAACGAGAGCGAGAACCAGAAUCUACAAAGACUUUGGAGCAUGAACACAUUUACUUUAGCAGUUUUCUUCUUGGCGCUGGGUGUUCUUGUCUGCGCAGGGGGUAACCCAUGUUGCUCAGAGCCAUGCCAGAACAAGGGUGUUUGCACUGCACAAGGAGCAGAUAAUUACGAAUGUGAUUGCACACGAACAGGAUAUCAAGGACACAACUGCACAACACCUGAAUUCCUCACCUGGAUCAAAGUAUCCCUGAAGCCGUCGCCCAACACUGUUCACUACCUUCUCACCCACUUUAAGGGCUUCUGGAACAUCAUCAACAACAUCUCAUUUCUCCGAAAUGGCAUCAUGAAAUAUGUGCUGACAUCUCGAUCCCACUUGAUUGAUAGUCCUCCAACUUUCAAUGCUGAUUAUGGAUACAAAAGCUGGGAAGCCUAUUCCAACCUUUCUUAUUAUACACGCUCCCUCCCCCCUGUGCCGGAGGAUUGCCCAACCCCUAUGGGAGUAGUAGGUAAAAAGGAGCUACCUGAUGCAAAGCUAUUGGCUGAGAAGCUUCUGAUGAGAAGACAGUUUAUCCCGGACCCGCAGGGCACCAGCCUGAUGUUUGCAUUCUUCGCACAGCAUUUCACACACCAGUUCUUCAAAUCUGAUAUGAAGAAAGGACCUGCUUUUACCCUUGCUAAAGGUCACGGGGUGGACCUCAGCCACAUUUAUGGAGACGCCCUGGAAAGGCAACAUAAGCUCAGACUUUUCAAGGAUGGCAAGCUUAAACAUCAGAUCCUGGAUGGAGAGGUGUACCCCCCAACAGUAAAGGAAGUGGGAGCUGAAAUGCACUACCCACCUCAUGUUCCCGAGUCGCACCGCUUCGCUGUGGGCCACGAGGCUUUCGGCCUGGUCCCCGGUCUGAUGAUGUACGCCACCAUCUGGCUGCGGGAACACAACCGGGUGUGUGACGUGUUGAAGGAGGUCCACCCUGACUGGAACGACGAGAGGCUCUUCCAAACCACCCGGCUCAUUCUGAUUGGAGAGACCAUCAAGAUUGUGAUCGAGGACUACGUGCAGCACCUGAGCGGCUAUAACUUCAAGCUCAAGUUUGACCCCGAGCUGCUGUUCAGCCAGCAAUUCCAGUACCAGAACCGCAUUGCGUCUGAGUUCAACACCCUGUACCACUGGCACCCCCUGAUGCCUGACACCUUCCAAAUUGAGGAGAAAGACUACAGCUAUAAACAGUUUGUCUUCAACACCUCCGUAGUGACCGAGCACGGCAUCGGAAACCUUGUGGAGUCAUUCACCAAUCAGAUUGCUGGACGGGUUGCUGGUGGCCGAAAUGUUCCAGGGCCUAUUAUGUAUGUGGCCAUUAAAUCCAUUGAAAAUAGCAGACAGAUGCGCUACCAGUCUAUGAACGCCUACAGGAAACGAUUCUCCAUGAAGCCCUACACCUCUUUUGAAGACAUGACAGGAGAGAAAGAGAUGGCAGCAUUGCUCGAGGAGUUCUACGGCCACGUCGACGCUGUGGAGCUCUACCCGGGUCUGCUGGUGGAGAAACCCAGGGAGAACGCCAUCUUUGGGGAGACCAUGGUGGAGAUGGGGGCCCCUUACUCACUAAAGGGCUUAAUGGGAAACCCCAUCUGCUCCCCGGAGUACUGGAAGCCGAGCACAUUCGGAGGCAGCGUGGGCUUCGACAUCAUCAACACCGCCUCGUUGCAGAAGCUGGUCUGCGAUAAUGUCCGGGGCCCCUGUCCCGUCGCAUCCUUUCACGUGCCCGACGUCAAAGAAACGGGGUCCACGAUAAUUAACUCAAGCUCCUCCCACUCACGCGGAAGUGAUAUCAACCCGACGGUCAUCUUAAAAAAAAGGACUACUGAGCUCUAAUGUUUUAAUUUAGGCAAGGCAAGUUUAUUUAUAUAGCACCUUUCAACACAAGGCAAUUCAAAGUGCUUACAAAAAUGAAAGACAUUAAGAAAGUGACUUUUUAAAACGGUAAUUAAAAAGCAAAGAUAACAAAAUAAACAUUAAAAGAAAAAAUACAUGAAUAACAGUUACAGUGGAGUUUAAGAUAUGAAUAUAUCAAUUAAAAGCAGCGGCAAAAAGUAAAGUCUUUAGCCUGUAUUAAAACCUGAGUUUUGGAUGGUUCAUAAUUUAGCAGGAGAUUAAAAAUGUAUUUUGGGCCUAAACCAUUUAUGAGAUUAAUGUUUUUUAAUGUAUUUAUUUAUUUAUUUAUUCUUGUAUUUAUUCUAUUCUAUUUAUAAUGUGAGAUUUUCCAUGCCUUUUUGAGACUAAUGUAUGUGGUUAUAUUAAUUUAUUGAACGAUUAAUUGUAUUAUUAUAUAAGUUAUUCUUACAGUAAUGACCUCAGGCACUGCAACUUGAUACUUGAAAGUUUUCAAAUACAUAGCAAUGUACUUUACACCUCUAUUUUCUCUCUUGGAUCAAAUGCCUUAUCUUUCAUUAAUGUUCAUGCAAGUGAACGGCUGUCACACCACUCAACUGUUUUACAGACAGUCAUAGAGUGUAAUAGUGAUGCACGCAGUGAAAUUAAUGACUGAUAUUGAAGCUCUUGAUCCAAUGUUACAUAAUGUAGAGGGCAUUCUUUUCUAGUAUUAGUAUAUUUUUCUAUUUUUUACUAAGCAGCACUGUUUUUUCCAAAUCGAUUGUUUAUUUUAAUUGAAUAGCAUUAACAAAGUGAUGUACUGUAUAUGUUAGUUUUGUUCUCAGUGCCUAUUGACUUGCAAGAUGACACUAAUAAAUGCUUCCAGCAACUGGAGCCUGUUUUUAAGAAA